AGCAAAUUAAGCAGUUGGCUAGCUUUGCCGUUAGGCGUCUGAUUAAACUCUUGGGAAGAGUACUACCGUGACUUUUACGGAUGCGUUUAGUUAGCUACCACGGGAUUCAUUCAGUUAGCUGCUGUAGCUGUCAUUGUAAUUAAAACAAAUUAACUACAGUUAGCAGCUGGAAGUUACCGCGAAUUAGGCAGUUACUGUUCCGUGUGCCAAAGCAGAAUCAUUCCGGAAAUGCUGGAGCUACUCUGGACAAGCAAAACACAGUCCAUUAUGUUAGCUAACAAGGCUAGUUAACUAACUGACAUCAUGAAGCGCACGGGAAGAUUGGAGCAGACUGACUCCGGCUCACAGCUCCCCUGAGAGAGGACGGACAAGGACAAGGAAAAGAAGACUGAACCCCUUUUCCCUACAAGGGGGUCGAAAAGAUUUGCAAAGCAUCAGAAAAUUUUACCCCAGUUAUAUUUUCUCUGAGCAAGGAUGGCCCGGCAGAUUCUGCUGCUCUCUGUAAUGUCCCUGUGGGCUUUAUGUGGUGCGACUCACGUGAAGGCCGACCACUACAGACUCGAAUUCCCCGGCAUGGACAAUGUGCUGCCUAUAGUGGCCCGGCCCGCCAAUGCCAGCCGCAUCUUCUACGCGGUCAUGUUCGAUGCCGGCAGCACCGGCACUCGCAUCCACGUCUACACCUUCAUCCAGAAGGAGCAGGGCGAGCUGCCCAUUUUGGACAAUGAAAUGUUCCAGUCGGUGAAACCCGGUUUGUCUGCAUUUGCAGAUACACCUGAAAUGGGAGGGGACACGGUGCGGCAGCUCCUGAAGGUGGCGAAGAGGACGGUGCCCCGCCUCGAGUGGAAGCGCACCCCUGUGGUGCUGAGGGCCACGGCCGGCCUCCGCCUGCUCCCCGAACAGAAGGCGCAGGCGCUGCUGGAACAGGUUCGCGAGGUGUUUGACGAAUCUCCGUUCUUUGUGCCGAACAACAGCGUCAGCAUAAUGGACGGAACCAAUGAAGGUAUCUUGGCCUGGGUAACUGUGAACUUCUUGACAGGUCACUUGUACUCCAGUAGCAAAAACACAGUGGGCAUCUUGGAUUUAGGUGGAGGUUCAACCCAGAUUACAUUUCUCCCUAGAUCCAAGAAAACGAUUGAGGCGGCUCCGGCUGACCAUGUUUCUAAGUUUGACAUGUUCAACACCACUUACGAGCUGUACACCUACAGUUACCUGGGAAAUGGACUAAAAGCAGCCCGCCUGGCAGCACUGGGAGCCCUGGGGGCAGAAGGACUGGAGUGGCAAGUUUUCUCGAGCUCCUGCCUGCCCAGGAAGUUCCGAGAGGACUGGUCCUUCGGAGGAGUCACGUACAAAAUCAGUGGUAUUGUAGACGGCUACACAGGGUUCAAGCCAUGCUACGAGGAGAUGCUGAAGGUGGUGCAGGGCAUCGUGCACCAGCCAGAGGAACUGAAGGGGAGCAGCGUCUUCUACGCCUUCUCCUAUUACUUCGACCGAGCCGUGGAUGCCGGCCUGAUUGAUGGCACUCAAGGUGGGAUGGUGGAAGUCAGGGACUUCAGGAAGAGAGCCAAAGAAGUGUGUAAUAAAAUGUCCAAGUUCCGCACUGUCAGCCCCUUCCUGUGCAUGGACAUGACUUACAUCACCUGCCUGCUGAAGGAGGGCUUCGGUUUCAAGGAGAGCACAGUCCUGCAGCUCACCAAGAAAGUGAACAACGUGGAGACCAGCUGGGCCCUGGGCGCCACGUUCGACCACCUCCGAAACCUGAACAUCCACUGAAGGCUUCGAGAGAUGCCCCCCCC